GCGCCCCCAACGCGGCGACGCUCUCUCUCUCUCUCUCCCUCUCUCCGCGCUGUCCAGACGCGACACCAGUGGACACAAUUUCGGCGCAGUGUCACAGCCACGGCGGCACACAUGCCAUCCUUCUCAGCUUGUUUCUUCUGAUGCCCAACCUCCCCGAACACAGCGAAGCAACCUCUCCACACGCCGCGUCAGCCAACCCGCCACUUCUCCUUCCACUGGUGGCGCAUCGUUUCUACACCGACUUUAUGGCGCGCCUCAGCGCCCAGCAGCGAUCCAGUGCACCGCGCAGCACCACGAGUGCCUACGGCGACAGCAGCAGUGGUAACGGGAAGAAGACGAAGACGCAUAACGGAACGGACGGCAGUGGGGGCGCAGAGGAAGAGGAGGAGGAGGAGGACGCUGCGCUACGGCGGCUGUCGCGUGCGCAGUGUGACGCCGUCGGGCCGCUACUGUGGCAGUGGCUCUUGCUUCUCCACGCCACGGCUCAAGAAAGCAGAGCCAAUGACAACGAACAGCAUCACCUGAGCGAGGUGGACGUGGAGGAACAUCGAGCCGAUCCGUCUCACACACAGGCGCUGCUGCCACCUCGAUCGCGGUUGCACACGCCGGGGCAGGUGGAGCAGCUCUUUCAAACGGGUCUCUCCUCCCUCGUGCCAGCCGCAGUAGGUCGCGGAGCAGCAGCAGCGGUGCGUACGCCGACGGCCGACCUCCCCGCUCCUUGGCACGCCACAAAGGACGAGCCUUACGCAUCACCCAGCUCGCCCUACGCCGAUGCGCACCGAUCGUUGGUGCGUGCCCUCGUUCGACUCAGCACUAACGGCCCGCUCUUCAGCUCGUGGUGCGCGCUGUGCUACGAGUGCAUGUUCGCCCUUCCAUCCGUCGAAGUGGCGGCGGAGGCGGAGCAGCGAGGGGGCGGGGGAGUCGAGGCGUGCCAUCCCACCGCCCCGGUGGCUGUGGCGCGUGUGCAGGAUGCGUGGGAUACCGCCUGCGCGCCGUACAGCCGAGGAAAGAAGACGCAAACGGUCGGUGAGGGGCAGAAGACACAUGGGAACGCCCACCCAGCGCACCAGGCGUCUAUUUCCGGACAAAGCAACACCGAUGACGCAGGCGCUUCGCUCGACGCCGCGACUGUAGCGCAGCUGUGGCAGGAGGUGUACAAACACACUGCCACUAACCACACAGGCCGAGCUGGCUCACCCGGCGAGUCCUCUGCCGCCUCGCACGCACACCCGUUGUUUCCGCUGUGGGUAUCCCAGUGGUACGUCGAGUGCUGCCGCAUCGCCUCUCACGGCCGCGAUGACGGCUUUCAGGUCAAAAGCGUGCCCUUCACGGUGCUGCGUCGUGUGAUGCACUACCUGUGCCGUCGCCUGAUCGAGGAGGAGGAGGAGGUGGUGGUGGUCGGCGAAGGCAGCCCGCGCCUGCUGCGCGAGAUGCCGGUCUCGGCGUCUACCACAACUGCUUCAACUUCCUCGGUAAUAGGGGAGAGCACAACGAAAGGUCACCGCGCCGCGUCAUCCACACGCCAGUCGGCUCCCCUCACGGUGGCCACCCUGACCGGGCUGGCGUUGAAGGCACCCGCAGUGGACGGCGCAGGAAAGCAGCGCCGAGCAACGCGUGAGGGGAAGCGCCGUCGCGGCUGGCACGACAGCGAUGACGACAACGACGAGGACGGGGACUCCAGUCAGGAGAAGGCGAAAUCGAUGUGGGAAAUCUGGUGUACAGGGGACCAGGCGGGGGUGGUCGCUCUGCUUUUCAGCGCUUUUUAUCGAGAAGUGAGCAGCCCUACGCCGUCUCUAUUGCUGCGGCUGUCCUUUGCAGCUACUCCCUGUCCCCUUCGUUGCGGACAUCUCUCGUUACGCCGGAGCAACAGCAGGAGCAGGAGCGCAAAAAUGAAGGCGGUAAAGCGAAGCAAGAAGACAGUAAGGUGUACGGUGAGAAUACUCCACGCAGUUGUUUCCCAGGGGCGGAUGAGGAAAUGGAGAAGGGUGAUGACACCCGUUAUGACGCCGUACGCAUCCUUCGCGAGGUGUACCUGCGCAACGGGGAGGUGCGUUGGUGGACCUUGGGCGACUCCCAGCGACACCGGCAGCUGA